AUGAGUCUCACCAUAUUGCGUCUUCUUUUCUUUCUACUGCUAGUUUACAUACACGAGGGAGUCCAUUGUCUCAUAUUCCGACCGUGCAGUCGAUCUCUGUCUCCACGCCCCAACACAAAAUCCAGAGAAAAUGGAGCUUCAGCGCUAGCUCUUGGGAAGAUUUCCAUGGCCCCAGUCUUGGUGAAAUUUCCUACCUCACAGUCAACAUUUUCCUCUGAAACUUCUCAAAUAUCGAACGAAUUGGUCCAAGAGCUCUUGCUACCACCAGAACGACGCGAUCAGGAUCGAAUUUCUUCGUUGGCGAAGCAACUCGUCCAAACCAAAGUUUCCUUUGACCCCACUGAAUGUUUGGAUGGACCCUUGUAUUUCAGCAAUGUCAUUGAAGGUCCCUCUCCGCUGUGGGAAAAGCUUGGGAUUCCAUUGAUUAGCAAGAACUUGCAAGGGCAACAGUAUACAUACAAUUCCAAGGAAAAGUCAGUAAUCAACUAUGCCGAAAUCUUUGGUUCAGCACUUCAUUUACGAGCCUAUGGUACUUAUGAGCAAGACGUGUCUUCACCACUUCUGGAGGAGAGCGAGAAUAAGGAGAACGAUCCGGUGUCAUCCUUUUUCCAGAACGCAUUCUCUUCUCUGACUCCAACAACUGCACAAAUGCCAGAACUUCUGACUUGUCCAAUAGACUUUGUCGUUACGGUCGAGAAGGCAUCGAUCUGUCUUGGUGACAAUAAUCGAAUCAAUAUUCCCAUUUCAGGCCAAGGCUAUCUGAGAGUCUUGUAUGCGGAUCCCAAACUCCGCAUCUUUGUCAGCCCCAAGUCCACUACAGAUGAUCGAUGGGAAAAGGAAGGGCUCAUGGUGGCCCAAGUGGCAGUGGAUCAAAAGGAUCCAAGCUUUGGGCUUCUAUCGUGA